AGCCCCGCCUAAACAGUCCCCUAUAUAACAACCCACCCAAAUCACCCAAAAACUCAUCAAUUUCAAUCCCCUUUCAGAUUUUCACACCCAUCAACCCAAUUCACCAAUUUCGCCCAUAAACACACCCGAAGAUGAUUAAAGUUCCGAUUUUGGCCCUUCUGAUCUGCCUCCUGUUCGCUUUGUCAAAUGGGUAUGGAGGAACCAAGGUCGGUGGCAGGCAGCAGAUCGAAGACGUGAAGACGAACAAGGAGGUUCAGAAGUUGGGGAGGUUUUCGGUGGCGGAGUACAACCGGACGCAGCGGAAGAGCUACCAGAGCAACGGCGGCGGAGAGCUUCAGUUCUUGGAGGUGGUGGAGGCGCAGAGCCAGGUGGUUUCUGGGAUCAAAUACUAUCUCAAGGUCUCCGCCGUCAGGAAUGGGGCUCACAUGCUGUUUGAUUCGGAAGUGGUCGUGAAGCCAUGGCUUCAUUCCAAGCAAUUGCUCAACUUUGCCCCUCAUGGUCCUAAUUAAUUUAAUUUCAUGCUUGAAUGAAUUGGGGUUUUGUUGUACCAAAUUAAUGAUCUUGGUGUAAUCGGAUGUUUAAUUAUCUUUUUCCUUUCUGGGUUUUGUUUUGUUGUUUGUGUUGUGUGAUUUCGACUCUUUCUAUGCUCUUGUGGGUAUAAAUUACAAUAAUUAGUCAUCUGUAAAUUAUGAUUU